ACCCUCGUUCCAGCCACAGGUAGGAUCCCUUAACUCUCACCCAACCACAAGGCCAGCAGGCAGCAGUACCCUCGUUCCAGCCACAGGUAGGAUCCCUUAACUCUCACCCAACCACAAGGCCAGCAGGCAGCAGUACCCUCGUUCCAGCCACAGGUAGGAUCCCUUAACUCUCACCCAACCACAAGGCCAGCAGGCAGCAGUACCCUCGUUCCAGCCACAGGUAGGAUCCCUUAACUCUCACCCAACCACAAGGCCAGCAGACAGCAGUACCCUCGUUCCAGCCACAGGUAGGAUCCCUUAACUCUCACCCAACCACAAGGCCAGCAGGCAGCAGUACCCUCGUUCCAGCCACAGGUAGGAUCCCUUAACUCUCACCCAACCACAAGGCCAGCAGGCAGCAGUACCCUCGUUCCAGCCACAGAAGCCGCUCCAGCCGGACAUGGGGCACAACUCUCUGGCUAACUUCCUGAUUGAGAAGAAGAUUGGGCGGGGCCAGUUCAGUGAGGUGUACCGGGCCAGGUACCUGAUGGACAACACCUCCAUGGCCCUUAAGAAGGUUCAGAUAUUCGACUUGAUGGAUGCCAAAGCUCGGCAAGAUUGCAUCAAAGAAAUAGAUCUCCUAAAGCAACUUAACCACCCCAACGUGAUCAAGUACCAUGCAUCAUUUAUUGAGGAGAACGAGCUGAACAUUGUGUUAGAGCUGGCUGAUGCUGGCGACCUCUCCCGGAUGAUCAAGCACUUUAAGAAGCAGCGGAGGUUGAUUCCAGAGAGGACCGUGUGGAAGUACUUUGUCCAGCUGUGCAGUGCGCUGGAACACAUGCACUCCCGACGGGUCAUGCACAGAGAUAUCAAGCCAGCUAAUGUGUUCAUAACUGCCACAGGAGUGGUGAAGCUGGGAGAUCUGGGACUGGGAAGGUUCUUCAGCUCCAAAACCACCGCUGCCCAUUCUCUAGUGGGCACCCCCUACUACAUGUCUCCAGAAAGAAUACAUGAAAACGGAUACAACUUCAAAUCUGACAUCUGGUCGCUAGGCUGCCUGCUCUACGAGAUGGCAGCUCUCCAGAGCCCGUUCUACGGUGAUAAGAUGAACCUGUACUCUCUGUGUAAGAAGAUUGAGCAGUGUGACUACCCUCCACUUCCAUCCGACCACUACUCUGAAGAGCUGAGAAAGGUGGUAGAUAUGUGUAUUAACCCCGACCCAGAGAAGAGGGCUGACAUCAUAUACGUGUAUGAUAUUGCCAAACACAUGCAACGCCAGACGCAGCUGGGCAGCUAAGUCUUCACCGGAGACACUACGACCUGCACUCCUCUCCAAUCUUCCUCUCCUCUCCUCCUCCUCUCUUCCCUCACCUCCACAGAAGUACAGGCAGACAUCGAUGUUGUCUUUCACCCAAUCAUGUAUUCAGAAGUUCAGUUGUUCAUAGGUCUUUGUAAUGUUAAGGUUGUUUUUGUUUAGGAGAAGGGAGUGCUGUCUGUAUGUCCCAGAUAUGUCCUCUAUCUAUUCCCAUUGAGCUUAAAGAUGGCUGCAGCUAAGAAUCUUUACAUGUUCUGUUGGUGCCCCCUGCCCUGCCCGGCCCGGCCCUACCUGGCCCUGCCCUGCCUGGCCCUGCCCUGCCCUGUCUGGCCCUGCCCUGCUUGGCCCUGCCCUGCCCUGUCUGGCCCUGCCCUGUCUGGCCCUGCCCUGCUUGGCCCUGCUUAGCCCUGC